UCACAGAGAUUUGAAGUGAGAGCUUCAAGUUGUUUCACUGAAGAACAAACCAACAUUUUCUUUGUUGAAAAAUGAGCAAAGUGGCUGCAAAGGUGGCAGGAGGAACGGAGGGCUGUCUUCUCCCUCAAAGAGAACAAUUCCUACCAUACUGGAUUGAUCUGACUCUGGAUGCUGACACAGCUUACUCCAAAAUCAAGGUGUAUGAGAACCAAAAAACAGUGAUGCUGACCGAUGAAACCCAAACUGAUGAUGUGAGCUCCAAAAGAUUCCUCUACGUACCCCAGGUGCUGUGUAAUCAGCCUCUGAGUGGGAAGAAGUACUGGGAGGUAGAGUGGGAAGGGCCGAAGGGGGCUGGGAUUGUGGUAUCUUAUGCCUCAAUUGCAAAGGACACUGCAGGUGAUGAGUGUAGAUUUGGAUGUAACUGUAAAUCCUGGAGGUUUCAGGAUGGUGUGCACCGUGAUUUCUUGUACAAUGAUUUGAAAACGAUCAUCUCCUCACACUUCAACGUAAUAGGAGUGUUCAUAGAUGUUGAGGAAGGUAUCCUCAGGUUCUACAGUAUCACUCCUGAUCGGGAGGAGAUGAAACUCCUGUAUGAUGUCCAAGAUUUCAGGCCACUGAGGAUCUUUAUGCAGGGUUUUGGUUGAGUGAAGGGACCAAGCUGAGCAUUCCCCCUAAGCAGGUGGCCAAGAGUUGCCAGAGAACCUGAUUUAUAAAAUAGUCACAUCAACUUCAUAUCAACAUUGCAAACACUGAGUAUUUGACGAGCUUUUCUCCCCAGAUCCAUCUGAGACCUGUUGGAGGAAUGUAACCCUAACCCUUCUAGAGAAUUAUGAGAUUAAGGAAUUACAAAGAAUAUGUUGACACAUGGAAAUAUAGCUUUGCAUUGCUGUAUAGAAAAAAACCAAUGUACUCUAUAAAAAAUGUAAUCAAUGUUAUCAAUAAAACCGUGAAUUUAUGAACCUAAACAAAUUGUAUCUCUCAUGACUUAUUCCUGCUGAUCAGUUGAAACACUUUUUGUGGAUUUGAGGUUUUUGUAUCUGUUUCAACUCAAUGGAUCCAGUAAAUGUCCUUUUCCUGUUUUACUGUUACAGCUUCAACUCUUUACCAUUACAAUCUCAUUUCACAUUAUUAGCAAUGCUGUUUAGAAGGACUGUGGGAAUUAAAACAAACAUGUUUUCACAUUCUGUAUCCAUUAAAGCCGCUCCUCAAAAUAUAA